UAGUGGUUUUCAGACACAAACACAUACCAGGAGAAAGGUUUGAAAUGUUCAUUCCAUCCAUGUCCACUGAGACAUUUCAGAAGAUCCCCAGCCUGAUGUAACUCCCCAGGACGUCUCACCAGCUGAAGAAAUAUCCUUUACUUCCUACAUCUUCACUGUUUCACUCUAUGGCUGGAUUUAAUUAAGGUCCUGAGUGAAUAUAUAAGCUCACUGUUUCAUUUGGCUGUGAGCGGCUACCCAAAACUUUGCAAUCCCUACGCAUCAUGGAGAUUACAUGGCACUAUGUAAGACUGGCGCUCUUGCUGUUCUGUACAGUCAUAGUCUUUGGUGAAGAACCUAUUCCUUCCCUUCAACCAUCCUCUAAUGAAGAGCUACCAUUGCUGGGAAGUGUACCCACAACAUUAAAGGCAAAUGAAAUGAAGACCUCAGAUGCCCAUCAUCUACUAAAUCAUAGCAUGACCCAAAACAAAGGUUAUCAAUCAAGACAGAGUAGGAUGUAUUCAGUGUGUGGGCCUAAGCUCGAGAUCAAGGACACUUUCAAAUAUAUUAACACAGUGAUAUCAUGCCUGAUAUUCAUAGUCGGAGUGAUUGGGAACUCAACCCUGUUGAGGAUAAUCUAUAAAAACAAGAGCAUGAGAAACAAUACCAACUUGCUGAUUGCCAGCCUGGCCCUAGGCGACCUGCUGCAUAUCAUAAUUGACAUACCAAUCACCACGUAUAAGCUACUAUCCUCAAAAUGGCCCUUUGGAAUUGAAAUCUGCAAACUGAUUCCAUUCCUGCAAAAGUCUUCAGUUGGGAUAACAGUUCUCAGCUUGUGCGCACUUAGUAUUGAUAGGUACAGAGCUGUUGCAUCCUGGAAUCACAUUGGUGGGAAUCGUGCUACUAAAUGGACUGUAUUGGAAAUUACAUUUAUAUGGAUGAUAUCAGUCAUUCUGGCAAUCCCAGAGGCCAUAGGCUAUAAUGUUAUAAAAUAUGACUAUAAUGGACAAGACAUGAAAACCUGUAUGUUUAACCCAAGCCAAAUUUCACCAUUCCUAGAGCUUUACAAGACCUAUAAGGACCCAUGGCUUUUCAGCUUCUAUUUUUGCCUCCCUCUGCUUGUUACUGCCAUUUUUUAUUCUCUAAUGACAUUUGAGUUGCUACAGAAGAAAAGUGGAAUUACAAUUUCAUUGACUGACCAUAUAAAGCAGAGACGUGAUGUUGCUAAAACUGUAUUUUGCUUGGUGCUGGUAUUUGCCAUUUGCUGGCUACCUCUACACCUCAGUAAGAUGAUCAAGUUCAUAUUUGACUACAGAGGAUAUACCAUCCAAUGUGAACUUCUGAGUUUUUUUAUGUCAGUGAACUACAUUGGUUUGAAUAUGGCAGAUUUAAAUUCCUGUAUUAAUCCAAUAGCUCUUUACUUGGUCAGUACAAAAUAUAAAAACUGCUUCAAGUCAUGUUUAUGCUGUUGGUGUCAACCAAAAGAUUUAACAAAUCUGGAAGAUAAACCAUCCUGUAUUAAGUUCAAGGGCAAUGAACAUGCAUAUGAGACAUUCAACCAAGCAGAUAAAUCGAUUCUCCAUGAAACGGAAACCUCUUCUGAUAUGUUGGUCCUCUGAAGGUGCAGGACUAAAAGCACACUAUGAACACCCAAAACACAACUCAAGUGUUGUAUCAGCACUUAAGCAAAUCCAUCUAGGUUUAAUAAUACUGACUAAAAAAAGUAGUAAACACAUGUGAAAUACUGUCAAGCGUCUUGAGCCCAAGAAAAUGUUUAUCAACAGGUUUUUGGGGGGUUGGUUGGGGGUUAUAGGUGAUAUAGUUGAAUAUAUACUUUAAUAUUUACUAUUCCUCAACAAAACACACAACUAAACAUUCGUAAGUUGUCCUAUUUGCUAAAACAAACAGUGUCAGCACUUUGAAAAAUGUAUCUGUUGCUUGAGUUAUUGGUAUACAUUUUAUGGCUAACACAGAAAAAAAAUCCUAGAGAUUUUUUUUAUUUUGACAUAAUGACUAGACAUGGCCACCAUAGGGGAAGAUUUAUCAAAGGUUUUACACUACUAUUGUGGAGUAAAAAGUCGCAAAUCAUGCUACACGCCAUAUUUUCUCCAUAAUUUGUGACUCUUAAAGGUUCUUGCCACUUUUCAAAAGUGUAGAGAAAAGGGGUGGGGCUUAGCGGCAAGGGACAGGGUUUGGCAAGGCCCUCCAGAUUUACUAUAUCUUACACCAGAAACUGGCAUAAGUUAUGGCUCAAGUCUGCAUCAGCUCCUAGCUGGCGUAGACUUGAGUUUCUGGCCCAUGGACUUCAAAAGAUGUGCCUAAUUUAUUAAGAGGUACCUGCUUCUUAAUUAAUUAGAUGCAUCUUACUACAGCACAGGGAGAUCAAGACUGGCAUAUGGGAAUGCCAGUCUUGAUAAAUCUCCCCGCAAAUUUUUAAGGAAACCUAUAACUAAGAAAUUCCCUUUUUCAUUUAAGAGCCUUAAAGGAGUUGUCCAGUAUUUUACUAUUGAUGGUCUAUCCUCAGGGUAGGCCUUCAAUAUCUGAUCAUGGGGCCUCACACCCCACAUCACCCCCCCCCCCUCAGAUCAGCUGUUCUACAGUAGCUCUGGUAUUGAAAAUGGGUACCAGAACUUCAAUGGUCCAUCCACUGUGUAGUGGAUGGAGCUAGUUACUGCAAUGCUGCUCCCAUUGAAAUGAACUGGAUCAGCACUGCAGUAGUUAGUUCUAUCCACUAGAGAAUUGACCGGGCCGUGCAGUUCCGGCACCAGAGCUACCAGAAAAUAGCUGAUCAGCAUGAGUGCGAGGUGUCAGACCCUGCCUAUUAGAUAUUGAUGGCCUAUCCUGAGGAUAAACCAAAAAUGGAAAAAUCCUGGACAACCCAUUUUAAAUUCCCUUAAUAACAGAGACAAAAAUAGAUGCAAAAUCUGUAACAGAGCCCCCCAUUUACCAGGUGUUUUAUUAUAAUGUCUUUUUCUGUGGCACAGGGUUCUUUGGAUCAAACUUCUACCAAUGACAAUAUCUAGUAUAUAUAACUGUCAUUCGUUUGAAACACUAGAUCAAGAUACAUGUCAUCAUCCUGUUGGGAUGGAGAAACACAAGACAUUUCUUAAAUGGAAAGUUACAGAACGUUACAUGUAUUACCACUAUAAGAUAACAAUUAUCUGCUGAGGAACAUCUUUAAAUGCGAGAGAGCAGCCAAUCAGCAUUGGUAAAUACAUCUGGUGAUACUAGAACGCCGACAGCAAGUGAUAGUUCCUUUUAAGAUGGAUGCCAGGCAAAGUGUGUCCCUAAAACUGGAUUCCGAUUGCUGUUUUUGUUUAAGUUUAGAACGUACAAAGGAAGGUUCUCACCAUAUACUCUAAAUGUGCCCAUGCGUGUCUAUUAGCCAGGCCAACCAGUAAACGUCAGUAUCCCACUAAAAGGAAAGUAUUAAAGACUAUACUGUUCCAUCUACUGUAGUCCAGUACAAAAACAUAUAACAUAAAGUGUUUAUUUUUAUUUUUUGGUAGCGCAAAGAUAACAAAUGUCACACCAUAGUAUUCAUCAUAGUCAUCCAUUAAAUAGAUACAACAUGGGCUUUUAUGAUGUAUCAGUAUAGCAUAUAUCCAUCACAGCCUCCAUUUAACAUAGAAAUUGGGAGCUUUUCCUGGAGAAAGCAUUAUACAAAGGACAAAAACACAAUGUGAACAUGGACUAGCUCUGUUUUUAGAUGCUAUUGGGAGUUAUUUGCAACCAAUACUUCAACACUUCAUGGGCAUCUUAUAGAUGUCCUCACUUUACAUGCCUAUGUUUGAUGUCAUCUGCAUUUUCAAGUACAGUUUUUUUUUGCAUAUUUCUACCAUAGAACAGAAUAAAGAUGAAAUUCUUAUUAUUGGUCAUAUCAGCCAAACGAAUUGUGUCUUUGAAAUGAGCAAAAAUAUUUAUCUAUUAUGAAACAAAUGAAAAUAUUGUAUUAUUUGUAGAGGAUUCAGUGGCUCAGCAGUGGACUACAGCUGGUAUGUCAUGUAUUUGUGCCACAAUUAUGUUAUGUAUUUUAUAUUUGUACAGAUGCAUUUUAUACUCAAAACGGGUAACCACAAAAUGGCAUUGUUAUUUUUCAUAGAAUAAUUUACAUUGUAUAUUAUUAUGUUAUAUAUUAAAGAAAAUUCAUUUAGGUAAGGAAAUCAAAUAUGUGUCUUUAUAUAGAACUUUUAUAAUGCAACAUAUGCAAAUUUAUUAAAAUGUCCAAUAAAGCUAUUUUAGUUAUUGUC